GCUGGAUAAGCAGAUAUUUUCCUCGGUAUGUAAACAAACAGCUACGGAACAGAAUAUUUGCAGUAUUUUCGCGGUGAUCAAUAAUCCAUCCCAAACCAUGGAGAUACGCAACGAAGUCAAACCAUCGGGCAAAGAAGUCGAGAAGAAAAAAUUUGUUGUUCGCAAUGCAGCAGAUGUACAAAGAGCAAAGUUGGAGAAGCUCAUGAAGAACCCGGACAAACCAGUGAUCAUACCAGGACCUGCAAAGAACCGUGAUUUUUCUAAUGCUAUUCCCUCGUUUGUCCGCAAUGUUAUGGGCUCUAGUGCCGGUGCAGGUUCCGGAGAGUUUCAUGUGUACCGCCAUCUGCGACGCAAGGAAUAUGCUCGCCAGAAGCAAAUACAGGAGAAAAGCCGCGCCGAGCAGCUAGAUGAUGCAUUCCAGGAGAAGCUGGAGCAAAAUAAGCAACUGGCGGAAGAGCGCACGGCGAAAAAGCGAGCGAAACGAUUGAAAAAGAAAGCUAAGCAAAAGGCAAAUGGCAACAAAAAACCAAAACUGACCCAAUCCGAAGAACCUUCAUCUUCAUCAGAAAGUGAAGAUGCGGCGGAUGGGACAAACGACGAUAAUGAAGGGGGCGAUGCAGAAUCGCGGCAAGAGUCAGUAGAGCAAGUAAAGGAAACCAAACAGAACAGUGGCGAUGACGAACCAAGUCACCAAGAUGCUGAAACCCCAUCAAAGACGCCAGAAGUAUGUAAGAAAGACGAUGCAAACCAAUCUCCAAAUCGAAAUUGAAUUCGUACAAACAGUCGGCAUGCUGAGAUCUUAAGAAAAUAGUCCAUUGUGAAAGCCUAAACAUUCUAGAGAAAGUAUGGAAACAGCCAAAUUCUUUCGAUAGGAUGAAAAAGGCGAUUCUUGUUCUAAUGCCGGGAAAACGAAUUUUCCCCAAUAGUAGGAAAAUACUGUGAACAUCAACAUUGAAAUGAUUUCUAAAUAAAACAUUUUAACUGUAACGCUUAUCAGGAUUCCACAGUUUCUUGAUACGGUGUUUUUCAGGAGCAGUUUGUUGUAUUUCUUAUUCCAAUAUUUUAACUUAAGCAACAAGCAUUAGCAUAUCCUAUCCCUUGUCUGCUUUUAGUUCCUCCCUCUAAAGGGCUAACCUAAACCUCCCUUUACCACUAAACAAACAGUGUCAAGACUACGCUGAAGUCGAGUGAAAAUAAAAUAAAG